GUGCAGAAGAUGGUCCAGCCGAUGGAACCAACGGAUGGAGCUGAAGAUGGAACCGACGAUGGUGCAGAAGAUGGUGCUGACGAUGGAGCUGAAGAUGGUGCAGAAGAUGGUGCAGAAGAUGGUGCUGACGAUGGUGCUGACGAUGGUGCAGAAGAUGGUCCAGCCGAUGGAACCAACGAUGGAACCGACGAUGGUGCUGACGAUGGUGCUGACGAUGGAACCGACGGAUGGUGCAGAAGAUGGUGCAGAAGAUGGAACCGACGAUGGAACCGACGAUGGUGCUGACGAUGGAGCUGAAGAUGGUGCAGAAGAUGAUCUCUUCGAUGGAACCGACGAUAUGUUCUUGGAUGGCGCUGAAGAUGGUGCAGACGAUAUUUUGUUCGAUGAAACAGUAAAUAAUAUCGACGAUGACGACACCAAGUUGCAAGACGGGCCCGGUGUGCUGACGAUAACACUAACAGUGGUCUUCAUGUAGUCGUCAGAGUUGUCGGAAUCAUCAGCAACAAAAUUCAUAGGUUGCACCUCCACAGUGUAUGUACCAGUGGCUAGUACACAAUCCGUUGCGGGAA